CGAGGCCGCAACGCAGCAUUGCACCAUAUCACAUAUUCAAAAUGUUUGCUCAAUCGCUCCGGCGCUCGAUCCUCGAGACGCGAUGUGCUCUCCCUCCGACUUUCCUUCUCCCAAUGCGUGCAUCCAUCACCACCGUAUCCCACAGUCUCGAAACCGGCAACGUCCCCGACCAACUCGUUCAAUCCGGACAGCAUAUCUCUAAGGAUCUCAAGGAGAAAAUUCAAAAUCAGGCGUCUGUCAACACGUCGAUUCCUCCUUCGUCAUCGAUCAAACCAACACCAAACGCGCGCGAAGACAUCACGAGCACUGGCCUCACACCUUCCAUUCAAAGACUCCUCCCACUUCUACACUCCCAGUCUUCACACUACCUCACAAUCCACAUCCACGGACAUCCAUACCUGAUUACGGAGGGAGAUGAAGUUCGGUUACCUUUCCUGAUGCCCAACGUUGGCCCAGGAGAUAUCCUACGGUUGAAUCGGGCAACCCACAUUGGCUCAAGAGACUACACAUUGAAGGCCCCGGAGCCCCAAAGAGGAACAAGGGACGCUGUCAAAAAGACCUUCUACCUUGACGACCGAUUGUUCACAUGUCGCGCCACAGUGGUCGGUGUUGAGAGCGAGCCAAUGCGGUUCAUCGAAAAGACAAAGCGGAGGCAAAGGCACGUCAGGACGGUGAAGAGCAAGCAUCGUUACACUGUCUUGAAGAUAUCCGAGGUCAAGGUCAAGAGCCUAGAUGAGUAUGAAAAAUCAUUGAAGACACAAUGAGCUUCUACAUUACGUUAGAGGCCGAGUUCCAUGCCAUUGAGCAAUUGUAGCUUCGCGGAUGUACUAUAUAUAUAUAUCAGAAAUGUAUGAUCACUCGGCUUAUGUAGAGACGGAGCGCUUAUGAAAUACAAUUUCACAUUAGCCA